UGGCGCUGAUCAUGUACAAUUUGUAAGAAAAAUUCACAUCUAUACUUUUCAUUGAUCUGUGAUUUUCUUUCUUAUUGCUUCCUGCCUCAAAGGAGAUAAACGGCAAGAUGGGUAAAAUUAAGUGUACCGAACUGAGGACAAAAGACAAGAAGGAGCUGCUGAAGCAGCUGGAGGAGCUCAAAACAGAGCUGACAAAUCUUCGUGUUGCUAAAGUCACUGGUGGUGCUGCUUCUAAGUUGUCAAAGAUCCGGGUGGUCAGAAAGGCAAUAGCUAGAGUGUACAUUAUUAUGCACCAGAAACAAAAGGAAAAUUUGCGUUUAUUGUACAAAAACAAGAAGUACAAGCCGUUGGACUUGAGGCCAAAGAAAACAAGAGCACUCAGGAGAGCGUUGACACCUUACCAGGCCAACAAAAAGACUCCAAAAGAAAUACGCAAACGAUCUGCCUUCCCACCAAGGAAAUAUGCUUUAAAGGUGUAAACUACAAGGUAUUGAUAAGGGAUAAAAUAAAGGUUUUUUAAAAAUUCAA